AUGGAACAAAAACAGCUUUCCACCUCCAUUUGUUGGAUUGACAAUCCGCAAUAUAUUGUGUUAUCAUCAUUUCUUUCGUUCUUCCUACCGGGUGCCAUCGUGGUAUACCUCUACAUCAAAAUCUUCAAAAAGCUCAGAAAUCAUCAGCUGUUCAUGUUUGGACAGUCAGCAGCUAGGAAUGCUGACAAGCGGCAAUCUCUACCACGGGUCAUUAUCGAAGAGGUACGUUCACGACGUGGCUCUCGAUUAUCUCAGUCGGGUUCACAAAGUGGCAGUCCAACUCGUCGAUCGAGUGGAUCCAAGGAGCGAUCACCUAGUCAACCUGAUAUUCACUGCAUUCCAAAACCUCCACAACGGCUUCGUGAAGAGGAGCUGCAGAGCGAGGAAGAUCCACUACGGAAGAAAAGCGAAGAAGAGGUUCGGAAACUGAGCGAGGUGAGGAAGAUGAAAAUUCUCGAUCGGCGACGAAAAAGCACUCAGGAGAAUCCGAAUGGAAUACCCAUCAUGCAGGCAUUCCAGAAGGCUUAUCAAGAAGUUCGCUGUGGUCGACGUAGAUCCAUACAGGAUUUCGAAUUCUAUCUAGGAUACGCUCCAAACUCCACCCACUUUCUGCUUCAAGAGACCGCUAUCGAGGGGAGCGGGGGAGGGGUGGUACCGCCAGCGCUCGCUCUAAGGGAUGAGUCACCCCCAGCCGAAGCCAGCCAGAAGCCGUUGCUUUCUGUUACGUGCUAUCAUAAACAGAAGAAGCCACUUUCAUGCAUACCACCACCUACAUUUCUCAUGGUACCAGCGAUGAUGUCAAUUAAUACUCCGCCACAAUCGCCGAACAUCCGCGAGAGCACCCACUGCACAUUGAAGGUUCCGCGGCUCUUUGAGUGUCCAUCACCGUGUUCUGUACCGUCGAACAGCAGUCACUCAUCCUACACAUCGGCCGACAGCAGCGGUGAUACCUUUCGGCGGAUUUCGAUGAACAGUUACGGUAGCAGCCUCACCGACAACACGGACUCGACAUUCGAGAUAGAUUCGAGGCGAUCAUCGGCAUGGUCUACGCUACGGAAUGCUGUCCUAGAGGUCGGAGGCAGUGGUCGGAAAGCCACAGUUGAUAUGAAUGUGAACGGUUCAAAUGGCACCCCACAGAAGAAAGCUUCAGCGAUCAGUCGAGGGAAGCUUAGAAGGAUUGCCACACAGGUGACGCGUGCAAUUCGGAGAAAGCGUCGCGAAUCAAUGGCAAUUCGCCGGGAAUCACGGGCCACUCGAGUUGUGGCCGCGAUUCUUAGUAAGUUUUCACUUCCUGUAGGGACUAGGAGUUUUCUGAACUUUCUUUGCGUUCCUGAUCUGCUGGAUACCGUACUUCUGUGUCAGUGUGUCCGCGGCAUCGCCACGGGGUUCGGGCUGCGCAUCAACAUCCGUGUCCAUCUACAUCUCUACGUGAUGACGUCAUGGCUUGGAUACACUCAUUCAUGCUUUAAUCCAGUGAUCUACAUGUGCCUAAACAAGAAUUUUCGGUCCACGAUUCGGCGACUUCUUCAGCGGACGCAGAAAUGCGAAUGCCGCUGA